AUGGAGCUAAUACUUUGCGACGAUUGCCUCAAGCCGUUCCCUAGCAAAAAGCUGUUGGAUACCCAUCGGUUCCUGGAUCAUAACGUCGAGGCCGAAUAUCCUUGCGAUGUGUGCGACGAAACCUUUCGCGAUAAACACCUCCUGAACCGACACAUGAAGCAGAAGCACAUCACGAACAAAUGCGAGUUGUGUGGCCAUAGGUUUUCGACAAAAUUCUACCUUACAGAACAUAUUAAAACAGUACACGAGGGCCUUCGAUAUAAUUGCCCGCAUUGCGAAAGAACCUUUAAACAGAAACGUUACUACAACGCACAUUUAAAAACACACAAACAAGGGUACGUGGAAGUGAAAUACCCAUGCACCCAAUGUUCUGUCGCGUUAUCUACACAAAGGAAACUGGUCGUACACGUGAAAAGAAAGCAUUCCGAUUGGAAGGGUACCCCGUGCACGUACUGUGGAAAGACGGUGAAAGAGAUGAACAGUCAUAUCAGAAGAACACACUUUGGCGAAAAACCGUAUCAAUGUCAGUUUUGUGAUAAGUCUUUUGCCAGUCUACAUAACAAAGCGAAUCAUUUGAGAGUGCAUACCAACGAGAGGCCUUACGAAUGCGAAGAUUGCGAUAAAAGCUUUACUCAGCGUAAUAUCUUGAAAACGCAUACUAUGAGGUGCCACUCGAAAGAGAGACCUUUCAGCUGUGACAUAUGCUGUAAGGGGUUUGUGACCAAGACGUUACUCAAAAGCCAUCGAUGCAAGAUAUCCGAGGAUUACUUCAAUCAAGCUUCUGACUAG